AUGUCAAACGACCUUGAACACUUGUCUAAAGUUGUUGAAAGCUGGUGCAUGGAUGACGAGUUCCUCCGUAUGAGGAGUAAAACAGAUAUCAUCAAUCUCCUUGAUUUGUGCAAUUUAAAUAAGAAAGAAUUCUUCGAAAUUUUUAAUCGAUUACAUAAAAUUUUCGCGGCCAAUGAACUCUUUGAAAUCAUGCAGCACACUAAAGUUAACUUUGUCAGCAAUAUUGACAAUGCUAUCGAAGUUUUAGACUUCUUUGUUAGAAAAUUAGAUGUAAAAUUGCUUUCAGAUGUUUCUUACACGAUCAAAGAGGGGAUGAAAGCAAGAAGUGUCUUAACAACAGACGAAAAUAUCAAAAAUCUCAAAAAAUGCAGUAAGAAAACAGAAGAUUUUCCAAAGAUUUAUGAAAUUCUUUCUAAAGCAGCAGAAGAAGGUGAUGAGUUAACAAUUAAGACAGCGGUUGAUGAAAAAUAUACAGAAAUUCACAGUAAUUUCACUUUUGAUCAUGAAUUAAUUCUUCAAGCUGCUUUUGAAGGAAAUGUAGCUCUAGUUAAGAAAUUACAGAAAUUUUACGCUGAUAUAAGGACAAGGGAUAACAGUGAAAAGACAGUUCUUCACUUAUUCUGUAUCAGUGGAAAUGUUAAAGGAGUUAAGUUCGCAUUAAAGUUCAUUGACGUAAACGCAAAAGAUUCUUCAGGUAACACACCAUUACAUCUUGCUGCUCAGUCGAAUAGAGCUGAUGUUUGCGAAUGUCUUCUAAAAAUUUCGAAAAUUGAUAAAAAUAUAAAGAAUAGCGCAAACAAAACACCUCUAAGAGAAGCAAUGCUCUACAAUUGCAAGGAUGCAGUCGAAGUUCUUAAAAAAUAUGAAUGCACAAUUUAA